AUGUCUCCCCAGGAUCGUCAAGAGAAGCAGGAGGGCCUCUCCAAAUAUCUGCAGCGCGUGAAGACUGUUCUCCGUCCCCGCUCAACAUCGAAGCGUCAAUCUCUCGUCGUCGCUCCCGAGGUUGCAGGCCCAGCUGAAGCAACCCCACCAACACCAGCUCCCGCACCCACACUAGCGCAAGUCCCCGUUCCAGUGCAAUCUACACCAGCCGAGGAACCCAUUGCACCAGAACCAGUCGUAAUGACCGACUACACCAUCACGCAACAUGCCAAGACCCGCGCCCUCUUCGCCAAAUACGGCCUAACCUUCGAGCCAAGCGAAUUGGAUCCCCCGACCGACCUCCAACUCACCCGAGUAGCAAAGCAAAUCCGCAUACGAGUCCGUCGCACCUGCCACCGCUGCGAAACAACCUUCGGCGCAGAAAAAGUCUGUAUCAAUUGCUCGCACACCCGAUGCACAAAAUGUCCUCGUUUCCCACCUGCCCGUCAACCCGACGAACCGCAGGUUCGCAAGCCCAAGGUUCCAGAAACAAGCGCCAUUCAACCCCCAACACUGCCCAUGACGACCGAUCUAGAUUAUACCAGCAACCCAGCCCAUUUUCGGACGUUACGCUCGCGCACGGGAGGCCAAGACUACGUUCGCAACACGGCCCGUCAGCGUAUUCGACGCACUUUCCCCUUGUCCACGACCAUGUGUGUUGAGUCAAAGGAGCGCGAAUCCAGCCAUGUUCAACGCAAGAAGUUUCCCAGGGACCCUGCUCAUCUUGAAAAAGACCCAGAUGACUAUCCGGGUGAUGCUGAGCCUCCUAGGGCUGUGCCCGAUCGGACGUUCAGAAAACCUCGUCGGAGAGUUCGCUACUUGUGCCAUGUCUGCGAAACUGCAUUUCUUCCACAUGCGGAUACUUGCUUGCAGUGUGGCCAAAGUAAAUGUGCUGAAACUAUAAGAAUUCCACCCCAGAAGAUAACGCGAGAACCAGACCCUGAAAUUCUUCGCAUUGUUGAAGAGAGGCUAGCAACUACGGCGAUCACAGUAAAAUCAGCAAUAACAGAUGGUGGAGAUUGA